AUGGCGGAAGUGAAAUCGACCGCCGGGGACGUCAUGGACACGGCGGCCAGCAGCGCCGGGCAGAGCGCUGCCAGGGUGGCCGAUCUGCUCCGUGGGUUCCUCGCGGUGCAGCAGCGCCGCGCCGAGGCUUACUCCAAGCUCCGAAGCGGGUUUUCUGAAUAUAUUGCUAAUGGAGGUGAAUGUGCUUAUCAACAACUAUGUGGGAAUGUUACAGCCGAAUUUAAUGAUUGCUCAACACAGAUUCUUGAAAUGGUGUCCCUCCUCUCAAAGCCUAAUUUUUGUCGUGGAGAUCUUGCCAACUUAUUGAAGGAUGUGCAAGCAUGUGAGAGAGAUAAAUUGCAGCUGUCAAAAUUUCCCCCAGUCACUUGUCAGCUUGUUCAUUAUAUUUCUGGUUGGUUGGAUCAGACAGCUAGGAUUCAGGUGUUGAAGAAGGCUGGCCGUCCUUCGGAACGCCUGGUAAACCAUGAGCACUGCAGGUCAAGCAGCACAUCCCAGCAUGUGUGUGCGAACCUCAAGGAGAUAACUGAGGCUUCAGGCACUGAGGACGCAGAGGCGGAUGCAGAGUACGACGCCGCUCUGAAGGAGGCAAUACAGGGCAUUCAAGAGGCAGUGACUAGCAUAAACGAGCAUAUGGAGGAAGUGCGGUACGAGAUCGACGCCCUCGAGGCUGACACGGUUGAUAGCAGGCUGAGUGAAGUCGAGGAAGCGUUCCCGGAUGCUCUGUUGAUAGAGUAG